AUGUUUACUUUUCGCUGGAGCUCGACGUGCUCCUCCAGCGAGACGACUGGCCGCGCACAGGCGUCGGAAAAAAGAAAGAAAGAUGGCACGCAGCCCAAGGGAGGGGGCCUCGGCACGGCCGUCAACGCCGGCUUCGUCUUCUUGCGCGGCUCGGCCGGUGCGGGUCGGUCGCAGCUGGUGCUUCGGCUGGUCGACGAUGCGGUGCGGCGCGGGCUCAUCGAGUUCUACCUGCGGUGGAACAACAUCCCCGACCAGUACGGCUACAGCCACGAGAUCGCCCACACGGCGCUCGACACCAGCGUGGGCAGCCUGCGGCCAAAGCGGUGUGCCGAGGGCCGCGGCCGCUGCCUGCGAGUCGGCCUGCUGCCGCACGCCGAGUUCCCUCGCCACGGCGACUGGCGCGCCCUCGCGCCGACGGCGCUGGUUGGGACGAGGGCGCGCGCCGCAGACCCGCAGCCGCCCUCUCCGGUGUGA